AUGGACACCUUCCUGGCUUCCAGCGAGGCUGGCUUUGAGAGCAUAGAGGUCCGAAUCAACCAGGGCAAGGAGGAGGAACGCAGGCGACAAGCAAAAUGCACCUACUGCCAGAAUGAAAGCGGCGACGCCCUCAAGAAUUGCUCACGCUGCAAGGCGGCGCGGUACUGCGACGAGGCAUGCCAGCUCGCCGAUUUCAAAGCGCGGCACAAGCGCGAGUGCGCGAACUUUGUCAAUCCCCCGACUACCAGCUCAUUCCUCACCACGCCCGUGGCAGGAGCGCGCUACCCCCAGCACCCGGUCUUCGCACAGGGGCACGAAGACGGCGUCGGAUGCUGGGUUAGCGUCGCAGGACGCAUCGACUGCGACCUCGGGGCGCUGAGCGAGCCGGUAGACCCCGCUGCAGACAUCGAAAAGCGACAGAUCCAGAUGGCCACCAGCAGCCCCAACAACGGCAUAGAUGUCAUCCGCGACUACAAAGCCGCCCCUCACAGCCUCCUCAACCUCUCCGUGCUCGUCCAGAACCGGCGCAAGGAGAAGGGCGCGGUCUUGGUGUUCGGUUCGCGCGCGCAGGCCGUCAGCUACGGCUCGACCGCAGACGUUGUCCUGCGCGGGACGGCCAAGGGAGAUAACAUCGCAAAGUUCACCCGUGAUCGCGUGAGGUACGUUGCGGCGGGAGUGGCUAUUGAUCCAUGGGACAAGGUCCCCCGGCUCCAGAUUACCCAUAUCAACGGACAAGAGGUCAGUGCAAAGAAGUCGCCCCCGCCACCCGCCAUCAAAGACGCCAAGGAAGGCACCAUCGCGCUCGACCCAGGCGAACACGCCAUCCUCCACCUCCAGUUCCGCGUCGGGGACGGUCACCGCAUUGCCAAAGACUGGGAAGCGAUGACCUGCAUCGAGUCCCUGCGCCUUCCCUACGCCCUUUGGGACGGCGCCUCCCCGCCCAGCUCCCUCGUCCCCUCCCUCCCGCUCGCACAAGCCCCCAUCCCCGCCCUCGCCGAAGGCCAGCAACGAGGGAGGGCGAUCACGGCGCCGCUCGAUCAGCGCGCGGUGAGGGCGCACUACGCGGACUUCAUCGAGCACGGCGAGGAGGCGUACCUGCGCUCUCACUUCGGGGACGCGCGCGCGGACAUGGCCCGCACCAUGGAGGGCAUGAUGACGAUGAUGGGCGAGCUGUUCUUGGGGCAGGUCGCAGAGGCUGGUGGGACGGACGUGCUCGUGCAGCGGCUGCGCGAGAUGGGCAUGGGCGAGAUGGCGGACAAGAUCGGGGCGAGGGGUCGCAUCAUGGCUUAUAAUUACGACCAGAACGACGACGACAUGCCUACAGCGUACUCGGGCGUCAAGUUCCUGAGAGAGGAACUUGAGAAGUCGACCGACAUGGCAGUUUUCUCGGCUUCCAACUCUGAGGAUCAGCUUUCCGUGCUCUUCAAGGACAAGUACGAGAUAAUCCUCGAGAGGACUGGCUAUACUGCCUACGAGCCUGUCCCAACUAUCCAGUGGACCGUCACUCUCGAGAGUAUCGCUACCACAGUCUGGCGAGCUUUCAUCGAGAAGCCUUCGACCUCCGACCCGGCGGUCAACAAGUCCGCGGUCUUGGCUUGCCUUGACUACUUGCUGGCGCAUCCCUUUGAGAGCCGGACGACGAAGGCGGCUCAAGCUUGA